AUGAGUAACAGCGAAUGGAACGAUGCUGAGGCAAACCUCCUCCCGGAGAAGGUUGAGGAGUUGGAGCUCAAAGGAGAGCUGCCCAAAGACACGAAGAGGAAACGAAUUGUAGUGGUUGGUUUGGGCAUGGUCGGUGUUGCAUUCAUAGAAAAGCUUAUGAAGUUCGACGUAAAACGACGAGAGUACGACAUCAUCGUCAUCGGAGAAGAAGCACACCUCGCAUACAACAGAGUUGGCUUGACCAGCUUCUUCCAACAUCGAGAAGUCGAAAACCUAUACCUCAACCCCAAGGAGUGGUACUCAUCAAUGCCCGAGGGCUCGUUAAACUACCACCUCAACACCAAAGUCACAUCCAUAAACUCAGAGGAAAAGAAGGUGGAAACAUCACAAGGCACUACUGUGCCCUACGACAUUCUGGUCCUCGCAACUGGAUCCGACGCUGUUCUCCCUCGCCACACUCCUGGACAUGAUGCGAAAGGCGUAUUCGUAUAUCGCACAAUCGAGGAUCUGGAAAAGCUCAUUGCAUAUUCCGCCACGAAGAAUGGAUCAGUCGGUGCAGUAGUCGGUGGUGGUCUUCUAGGCCUUGAAGCCGCCAAAGCCAUGAUGGAUCUCGAGGAGUUCAGCAAAGUCAAGCUCAUCGAGAGAAAUCGUUGGGUGCUGAGUAGACAGCUGGACGGUGAUGCUGGUGGCAUGGUUGUUGAGCAAGUCCGAGCUUUGGGCUUGGAUGUGCUUCUCAGCAAACGUGUUGGAAAGAUCAACGUCGACGAUAGCAACAGUGUCACUGGUGUGACCUUCGAGGAUGGUGAGCAAAUGGACUGCACAUGCAUCUGUUUCGCCAUUGGUAUCAAGGCUCGUGAUGAGCUUGCCCGCGCGGCAGGUAUCAAGUGCGCUGACAGAGGAGGUGGCAUCGUUGUCAACAACGACCUUUCUACUUCAACGCCAGACAUUUACGCCAUUGGAGAGUGUGCUAGCUGGGAGAGCCAAACCUUUGGUCUCAUUGCACCCGGUGUCGAGAUGGCCGAUGUCCUUGCCUUCAACCUUACACAAGCCAAGUCUCAUGCAUACCGACAAUUCAAGCGACCGGAUCUCAGCACUAAGUUGAAGUUGCUCGGCGUUGAGGUUGCCAGUUUUGGUGAUUUCUUCGCCGACCGUGACGGUCCGCAGAUGCUUCCCGCCAGACGCGGUGCUGGAAAGAAGGAAGGCACCACCGAUCAAGAGGACCAAGUCAAGAAGCUUACUGAGGGACCCGCCCCGCCUCCGGUUAAAGCUCUCACCUACAAGGAUCCCUUCAACCAAGUUUAUAAGAAGUACCUCUUCACCACCGAUGGAAAGUACUUGCUUGGUGGUAUGAUGAUCGGAGACACCAAAGACUAUGUCAAGUUGGUGCCUAUGGUCAAGAACCAAAAAGCUCUUGAAGUCUCCCCUAGCGAAUUCAUCAUUGGCGCAAGCAAGGGCGACGACGAUGCCGACGAUCUUGCAGAUGACACCCAGAUCUGUUCUUGCCACAACGUGCUCAAGGGAGAUGUCACCAAGGCAGUCAAGGAUGGUACUUGCAAAACCAUCGGAGACGUCAAGACAUGCACCAAGGCCGGCUCUGGUUGCGGUGGCUGUAUGCCCCUGGUUCAAACCAUCUUCAACAAGACCAUGGCAUCUAUGGGUAACGAGGUUAAGAACCAUCUUUGCCCACAUUUCGAGUACUCUCGUGCCGACCUCUUCAACAUCAUAUACGUCAAGCAAUUGAAGAGCUUCGCGGAGAUUAUGAAGCACUGUGGAAAAGACCCCGAGUCACUGGGCUGUGAAGGCUGCAAGCCCACUAUCGGAAACAUCACUGCUUCUCUGUUCAAUAAACACAUCCUUGAGAAGGACGGUCGUGGUCUUCAGGAUACAAACGAUAAAUUCCUUGCCAACAUCCAACGAAAUGGCACGUUCUCCGUCGUCCCUCGUGUGUCAGGAGGUGAGAUCACAGCCGACAAACUCAUCAUCAUCGGAACUGUCGCCAAGAAGUACAACCUGUACUGCAAGAUCACUGGUGGUCAGCGCAUCGACAUGUUUGGUGCUCGCAAGCAGGACCUUCCUGCAAUCUGGCAGGAGCUGAUUGAUGGUGGCAUGGAGUCAGGUCAUGCCUACGCCAAGUCACUGCGUACUGUCAAGUCCUGUGUUGGAACUACCUGGUGCCGCUUCGGUAUCGGUGACUCUGUCGGUAUGGCUGUUCGCCUUGAAGAGCGUUACAAGUCUAUCCGCGGACCUCACAAAAUCAAGGGUGGUGUCAGUGGUUGUGUGCGUGAGUGUGCUGAGGCACAAAACAAGGACUUCGGUCUUAUUGCCACAGAGAAGGGCUUCAACAUCUUCGUCGGUGGUAAUGGUGGUGCGAAGCCUAGACACAGCGAGCUUUUGGCCAAGGACGUUCCUCCGGAUGAUGUUAUUCCUAUCCUUGACCGCUACCUCUCCUUCUACAUCCGCACUGCAGAUAAGCUCCAGAGAACAGCUCGCUGGAUUGAGAACCUUCCCGGUGGUAUCAAGUACUUGCAAGAAGUCGUUCUCGAAGACAAACUCGGCAUCUGCGCCGACCUUGAGCAACAAAUGGAGCAACUCGUUGGCUCCUUUUUCUGCGAAUGGACAGAGGUCCUCAAAGACCCCGAACGUGUAAAACAGUUCUCCCAAUUCGCCAACACAGAAGAAGGCGUUCAAACCGUCGAGGACGUCCAGGAACGCGACCAGCACCGUCCAACCUACUGGCCCAAGGACUCCAUCACCACCGACUUCCGCGGCACAAAGUGGACAGAUCUAGCAUGGCAACCUCUCGCUCGCUCCGAUCAAUUCCAAGACACUGCAACCGGCAGUUCGCUAGCGGUCAAGCGUGGCGACACACAGUUGGCCAUCUUCAAGGUCAAGGGCCAAUACUACGCCACUCAGCAAAUGUGUCCCCACAAGCGCGCCUUCGUCCUCAGCGACGGUCUCAUCGGCGACGACUUCAAGACAAACAAGCUCUGGGUCAGCUGUCCCUACCACAAGCGCAACUACGAACUCAGCGGCGCCGACGCAGGAAAAUGCGGCAACGACGAGAGCGUGAACAUUGCCACUUUCCCCGUCGAGGCCCGUGAAGACGGUAACGUCUAUGUCAAGCUGCCUCCUGUAGAGGAACUUGACUCUGUGUUGGGAACUAGCAAUUUUGUGGUCAAGAAGGAGGGCGAAGAAAAGCCUUUCGAGAAGUUGGACAAGAAGAUUCUCAAGGGUCAGAAGGGCAAGUUUGUCAGUCACUUGGAGAACGGCAUGGGUAUGAAGGCAAAGGCCAAUGCUAUCCUUGCUGGUGGCGAGAGAAGUGGUGGUAUGGACUGGUAGCUUGCAAAGCAUACUUGCUAGAGAUGAUUUGACGACUUUUGAGCAUUGGGUUGGUGUUUUUAGUGGAUGAUGGGAGU